AUGAGUGAUCAGGGAGAAGAAGCACCUAAGAAUGGUCUUCCCCCUUAUUUUGACAAACUUUCAGAAAGUGAUAAGGUCACAUAUAUGGAAAUGAAAAAACAUAUUUCAAAUUUAGCAGACAGAAUUUCUAGAGGUUCAAAACAAAAUAUCUUUUUAGAAAUCUUCAAUCUCAUCAGAAGAUUCUGUCACCGCAAUGAGCCUAACGAUUUUAUUCGAUGCUUAGUUUGUGGUUAUGCAUUUUGUCCUCAUUAUUUAGGUGUUAACCAGAAAAGAUCCCAAUAUCUCUUAAAUAAAAGCAAAUCAUCUCUACAUACUGUUAUGCGUGAACUUGGCUAUGAAUUAAAGUUAAAUAGAGCAGAUACAGAUAAAGAAGAAAUUUAUCAUUUCUUUCCUAAAGACUUUGACUACAUAGGAUCCAAAAGAAAUGAAUUACGAGCAUGGACAAUUCGUAAUUAUCCUGUGCCAGUAUCAGAUUUACCUAUAUUAGUUGAUGAUCCUACCAAAAAACCGCAUUACAAUCCACUUAUACCUCCAAAAAGCAUAUACGCCCCAAUUUUGAACAUGUAUCACAGUGUAUUAACUGCACAAGCUCAAUUCAAGGCAGCUGCACUUCAACAAAAAUUACAAAGACCACAAACGCCACCUGCCCCUCCAUCAUCACCUCCACAAACAUCACCACCACCUCCACCACCGCCACCACCACCAAAUAGCCAGAACAAUAAUAACACUAAUAAUACUAAUAAUAAUCUUCCAACGCUGACUACGAACACUGAACCUCCUCCAACACCAAAUCCCAAAGCUUAUGAAUUCACUGUGCAUCCUAGAAUAGAGUAUUUGUAUUAA